CGUGCAUGCGUGCGUAGUGCGUCGUCAUUCCAUUCGUGCGUGUAAAGUGGAGUGUAUUACUGCGCGCGACCGCCGACCUAAACCCGACGACAGCAACAGCAGCAGCGGCGACGGCGACGGCGGCAACGAAGGUGGUGGUGGUGGUGCUGGUGGUGCUGGUGGUGGUGCUGGUGCUGGUGGUGGAGGUGAAGGUGGAAGUGGAGGUGGAGGUGGAGGCAGUGCUGACGGCCAACGAACGACGACUACGAGUACGAGAAGAGAGUACCAGUCGGUCGGUCGAACGGGUAACGUGAUAGAGAAGCUGCGACUCGUCUUCUCCUAUAUAAGAAAGAAAGAGACCAACGAAGAACAAGUAAAUAAUUCACCCUUCAAGAAGCGCUCAAUUGCACACACGGAUUACGUUAUUUGUAUAUAUAUUUAUUAAUAUUAUAUAUAUAUAUAUAACACACCGGCUUUAUAUAUAUAUAUUAUUAGUGCGUUGUUCGCCUCUUCCUAAGGAGUGAAAGUAAAGUUCUUCGACGAAGAUAGAAAUAUAUACACGGAUUUUGAGAGAGAGAGAGAGAGAGGGAGAGAGGGAGAGAGAGGGUGAAGGGACGACGAAUGCAAAACGAGCCAAUAAUCCGGGCCCGCGUGACGUUUCAACUUGAGCGCGGAAUUUGAUAUAUUUGUGACUCCACUCUUCUUUCUUCUUCCUAUUUCUUUUUUUUUUUUCUUUCAUAUUUUCCUUCAGUUCGUUUUAUUUGAAUUAUUUAUUAUAUUGGUGUGAUAUGUGCUACAAGAACAUAGUGAAUAACAGCAUUAACAACAACAACAACAACAACAACAACGACAACGACGAUUAUCGACUAUAGAAAGAUUGAGAAAAAAACAAAGGGAUAUAUAACUUUUUUUCUUCGAAAGGGUGCAUCGGUGCAUUGUUCUACUUCUUAGUUUUCUUGCCCUUUUCUCCAUUCGCUUUUACACACGGAUUAUCCUCGUUUUAACGGGAUGCCGGUUGAUUGAAGAUGGCCUCGCCGACACCCUCGCUGGAAUCGCGCGCGAAUUCCCUCGGGUCCCUGGCCUCGCUGUCCCCGCUAACGGUGAGCGGCAGUUCCCCCCCUGCGAGCGACUCUGCGAUCUGCGACGUCGACAGUUGCGACCUCUGCCUCGACGCACCGAAACCCGGGGAGACCUGUCCCCGUUGCCGUCUUGGAGGCGCCGCCGCCGGUGUACGCUGUACCGGCUGCAAGUCCACCGAAUCGGACGCCGUAGCGCGUUGCUUCGAUUGCGCCAAUUUCCUUUGCCCCAACUGCGUCAUGGCGCAUCAGUUUAUGCACUGUUUCGAAGGCCACCGAGUCCACAAUCUCGGUGAUUCCAAAAUAGAUACCGUCAACAGUACCGGCGGCAAUGCCAACACUACCGAAUUGUCCAAGAACAAUUUACUUAUGAACGGCGGCGGUGGGGGCGGUGGUGGGGGUGGUACCAAUACCGAGGAAAGGAGCUUUAUUUGUCCACGACACAAGGAAGCGAUGAAAUAUUUUUGCCGGUCGUGCAUGGCAUUGGUUUGCAAGGAAUGCACGAUUACCGAACAUCUCAGUCCGAUGCACGAAUACGCGCACGUGUCGGACAUCGGUCAACAGCAAGUCGAAGCCAUUUCCAGAGCCGUACAAGAUUGUCGAGCUAAAGUAAUCGAGGUCAGGGCUGCCAUUAAAACCGCCGACCACGGUGCCGCCAAAUUGCAAGUUCAAUAUCACAAAGCGCAAAACGAGAUUAACGAUACCUUCCAGUUUUACAAAUCCAUGCUGGAGGAACGCAAGCAGGAAUUAUUGAAAGAACUCGAAUCGGUAUUCUCCGCGAAACAGAUCUCUAUAAGCGUUCUCACGCAAAAGGCUAACGAUACCAUGGAAAAGAUGCAGCAUACGUGCGAGUUUGGCGAACGUUUGAUCAAGUUCACAACGAUGAUGGACAUACUUAUGGUGAAGAAGUUAUUAGAUUCCAAAUUCCAAGCGUUUAUGAGCUAUUCGCCAGAUAUUUCCAACCAAAUAUCCGACUUGGAAUUUGUCAGUAAUUAUCAAGCCAUUCAAGUUGGCGUUAGAAACACGUUCGGUUACGUUCGUAGCAAUAGCGAGAACAACGCCGCCGGACCGAUCGGCAAGCAGCCACCGAUAGCGCGUCCAACCGCUCUCUCUAGCAACGGCAUCAACGGGAAUAACAACAGCAACGGACCUGGGAGCCAAGGAUCCUUGGGCGGUUUGCUUUUGGAUCGACCCUACAGCAACGGAUUGGUCUCGAGUUCGACGGUGACCUCGUCGACUUCCCCCUCGCCGUUCGACAGCAACAACAGCAGCAGCGUCAUUACCAAACGUUUCAGUUCGGCCAACAGUCUCGGGCCUUUCUCAACGACCAUAAGCGAUCUCAAUUUAAACGGCAUGAACGCGAAUUCUUACGAGAAGUGGAGCAACGGGGGUAGCGACGCUUCCUACCCCGUGGUCACGAGCAACGACCAUUUCCCGAUGCCAACGUCGGUGAACGUCACCCCGAACACCGCGCCCGGCGAGUCCGUCCUCGACCUUACCUCCAAAUUGAUGUCCGCCACGAUAUUCCCUUUAAAGUCGCAAAUCAAGCGACAGAAAAUGAUUUACCAUUGCAAAUUCGGCGAAUUCGGAGUGAUGGAGGGCCAAUUUACCGAGCCCUCGGGCGUAGCCGUAAACGCUCAGAACGACAUCAUCGUGGCCGACACGAACAAUCAUCGCAUACAGAUCUUCGACAAGGAGGGUAGAUUCAAGUUCCAGUUCGGCGAGUGCGGCAAACGGGACGGGCAACUGCUCUACCCGAACAGAGUCGCCGUGGUGCGCACCUCCGGGGACAUCAUCGUCACCGAGAGAUCGCCGACCCAUCAGAUACAGAUCUACAAUCAGUACGGGCAAUUCGUUAGGAAAUUCGGAGCCAACAUUUUGCAACAUCCGCGGGGCGUCACCGUCGAUUCUAAGGGACGAAUCGUCGUAGUCGAGUGCAAAGUAAUGCGCGUCAUCAUAUUCGAUCAAGCCGGCAACGUGUUGCAGAAGUUUGGGUGCUCGAAACACCUCGAGUUCCCGAACGGAGUUGUGGUGAACGACAAACAGGAGAUCUUCAUCAGCGACAACCGCGCGCACUGCGUCAAAGUCUUCAAUUACGAGGGAGCGUAUCUGCGUCAAAUCGGCGGCGAGGGGAUCACCAACUACCCGAUCGGGGUAGGCAUCAAUGCUGCCGGUGAAAUAUUGAUAGCCGACAAUCACAACAACUUCAACUUGACGAUAUUCACCCAGGACGGGCAAUUGGUGUCCGCUCUCGAGAGCAAAGUGAAGCACGCGCAGUGCUUCGACGUGGCCCUCAUGGACGACGGUUCGGUCGUUUUGGCGAGCAAGGACUAUCGUCUUUACAUUUAUCGUUACGUUCAAGUACCGCCUAUCGUUAUGUAGACCAGCGAGGCGUCACGACGACGACGAUGAUCGCCGUGUCGGGACACCACCACUGUUCUUCUAUUAUUUACUCUACUUUUUAUCGAUGUCCCUCUCGUCGUCGCCGUUGUGCUCGCAUUAUUAUUACUACUAUCCACGAAAAAACUCGAUCUUGUCGAACUUUUUCUACCUAAACUCGCUAUCGAUCUUAUUCUUCUUCUUCUUCUUCGUCCACCGCGCGUCAUAGUCGUCAUUGCCGUCGCCAUCGCCAUCGUCAUCGCCAUCGCCAUCGCCAUCGCCAUCACCCUCUCCGCCAACUCCCUCUUUCGAUUGCCAAACGACAAGAGCAGCGGCAGCAGUUGCGUUUCGCAAGCUUCUUCUUAUUCUUAUUCUUAUUCUUAUUCUUCUUAUUCUUGUCGGAGUCGAGAGACGACGAUGAGCUGCAAUCGCGAGAAACAAGAUGAUACGUCUUCGUGCUCUCUCCUCCUUUUCCUCUUCCUCUUCCUCUUCCUCUUCCUCCUCUACUUGUCUCCCUCUCUCAUUCGCGUGCGUCUACUUAUCGAAAGGAGAUCUUUUAUUAGGCACACGCGCGCACAAACGCGGGGAACGUCACACCUACAUACGCACUUUUACACGCGCCCCCUACUACUAUUAUUACUAUUCCUACUACUACCACUACUACUACUACUACUACUACUACUACUACUACUACUACUAUACCGAUACCAAUACUUAUAAUACUGCUAUUCCUACUAUUGUUACACUUACAUACAUAUGAUAAACCUUGCAAAGGUAUACGCAUAUGCACUUUCUAAAUACACACACACACAUACA